AUGUCGUCUGUCAUGGCCAUGCUACGUUGUCCAAACAUCGGCUUGCACAACUGUCUGCAACAGGUUCUCGGGGGAGCCAGCUACCCCGAAGAAAAGGUGCAGGAAUUGACAGAAAUCACUGUGUACAGACUCGGGGCUAUGUAUGAAGCUGGGUACUUACGAGAGCAGUCGCAGCCCUCCUUUAUUUCAUCCUCGGCAUCUACCAGGCAGCGUAGUACUGCAGAGGCGGCCAAACUGCCGCUGAUGGGCCACGAUGAGGACAUGCUGUCCGGCCCUGCUGCUGUAAUUGCUCGUUGCGUUGAGCAGUUGCUGCCCCUAUGUCGGGGAGCACUAACCAGCCGCCGGACACUCGACGCAGGUCUCCCUAUGCGAAGGAUUGACCCUCCAACAUUUAACACCAUAUUGGCGGGUUCCAUGACCAAAUAUAAACAGAACAAGAUUAGUGAUACUCGUACGUUUUAGCAGAGAGCCUAAUGACAGCAGGAUCGGGGCAUACCCACAUCGAGGGAAUGCCGGGGACAAGAGAUAAUGGAACAGGGUAGAAAUCUGACACAAAACCACCCAUCUUCACUUGGGCUACUUACUGUAGCGACAUCUCGUAUGUCUGUUAUACCAAGCAGGGCUAGGAUGCGAUGGCGCGGGGGGGAGGUCUGGGGGGGGGGGCAAUGUGUGAGAAACUCGCGACCAAGAAGCUCUUGCUCAGUCCCGGUCUGGGGGCCUAGAACAUGGAAACACAGGGAAAAUCAGCCGGGUUCAUGAUUGAUUUCU